UUCAAUUAGAAAACUCUUGUGAGUAUAAGAAAACUUUGUGGAAAUGUCAGACUACAAGUGAAAUGCAUUUGGUGCAAAAAUGAAAGCACUGCAAAUAAUUCUAUAAGGGAUGGAAGAACCAGUGGUUGUAUCCUCUGGAGCACUCUCUGAUAAUGGUAUUAAGUUCAAUGCUGGAUUUACAAAUGGAAUACACUUUGCAAAACCAUCAGAUACUUUCCAUCAUCCUGAAAACUCAUUUCAACAACAGCCUUUAGUUCUAGUGAACAGACCAAUGUUUACUCGGUGCUCGUCUCCGCUGAACGGUAUGUAUUCUCCAAUUAUUUUUGAUAGGUCUCUGAGAAACCUAACAGGCAACCUGGAGGACAGUGAAAACAGAUGUUGUGUACUGAAGCACAAGCUCAAAGAAGCUCAGAGUACACUGGAUUUACAAAGUGACAGACUGUAUAGAAUAGAACACUCAGCACGAGAAAACUCGCUACAACUAGUAGACCUGAAGCACAGAGAGAACGAGUACAAGAAAAAAAUUGAUUCGCUUCAUUUAUCUGAACAAGAAAAAGAGAAACUCAAGAAGGAAAACAUGACAAUAAGACAGGAAAUGCAAGAUCGUGUUUCAAAACUUGACAUUGCUUUACGAACUGCACAAGCUCAGCACCAGGUUGCUGAAAGUGAAAAUCAGAAGCGCGUUAUUUUGCUGGAACAGUCCUCUCAAGCUCUCAAUAUGUUGGAUACAGAAAACAACACUUUAAAGCAAGAUCUAAAGGAUAUGCAAAAAGACUUGGCCAUUGCAAAAGAGUCUGCUGAAAUUGUCAAAUCCAAAAUUCAACCAAUGGAAGAAGAGAACAAAGAUUUGAGGUUUAAAAACUCCAAAAUAAAGGAAGACAAUGAAGAUUUGUCAAAGAAGAUUGCAGAAUUAUCUGGUCAGCUACUAGAACUUAGAAAGGUAACACAGUCAAUGAAGAAAGAAAAUGAAAAACUGGCAAAUUCCUGGAAGUCAGUAUCAGAAGAUAAACAUAGACUUUCAAAACGUGUGGAAAAAUUGGAAGAGAAGAAAGCAGCUUUCAAAUCUCAAGCUCUGGCAGCAGCAUCUGAGAAAGAUAGACUAUUCCAUGACAAGAUGGAUCUCAACAAUAAAUACCAGCAACUUCUCAUUGACAAGGAAGCUUUGACACAGAUAAAAAUUGCUCAAACUGAACAACUCAACGAACAACAAGCAGAUAUUGCAAAACUAAAGAUGGUUUUAGAAAACAGUAAUGAAGAACGAAGGAAAUACCAAGCAGACGUUUCAGAGCUCAAAGGAGUGAAUGACAACUUAAGUGCAGAACUGUCAUCUGUGAAAAAAUUCAAUGAAAAGUCACUGGAGAAAAUUAGUUCCCUUGAAAAAGACAAAACAGAACUUGACAAACAAUGUGAAAUAACAAACAAAGAAUGUAAUCGACUUAAAUCAGACAUUGAACAACUCAGUAGACAACUCCUCAGUGUUGGAUACUACUCCAGAAUGGUUGCAGAAACCCAAAGCCAUGCCUUGAAAAAAGACAAUGAAGAUAUGGAAGAGCUAGUAUUGAAAUUAAAGAAUGACAUUCGUAAUUAUAAGGACGAAAACAGUCUUCUAGUCAGUAAAAUUGAUGACCUUUCAGUUAAACUAGAUAAAGCAGAUGGAGAUUUGAAGCAUGCUGCACUGGCAAGUCAUGAAGAUAUGGAGAGUUUAAAGAGUGCCUGUGAAUGCUUGACUUCCUCAGUAAGUCAAAAAGACUCGGAAAUUCAAGUUCUUUCAGAAAAAUGCCUAGAACUAGAAGAUCUGACUGCAAAACUUCAGUCAGAAAAUCGGGAUCUUAAAGACGACAAUGGUGCCUUAGUGGAGCACUAUGAUGAUGUGAAGAGACUCAAAGACGAGCAUAAAAGAUUGAUUCAAGCCAAUGCUGAAAAUGAUCAAGUAAUCAAAUUACUUGAAACCCAAAAUGGUGUGCUAAGAAAAAGCUCCGAGUCCCAGCUAUCUAAGCUACAUGAUGUGGAAUUACUGGUAAUCAGAGCUGAACAGCUGCACCACGACAAUGAACAUCUGAUAGGAAGAGUCUCUGAACUUGAGACAAUCCGCGAUAACCUGGUGACUCAAAAGGAAGAACUGCUUGCUAAUACAGAACUCAUAUACAAAAAUCCACAAAUAGAAGAGCUAAAAAAUAGAAUAGAUGAACUGCAACAAGCAAACAAACAACUGAUCGAUAUAAACGAUUCAGUCAAUGAAAAGUGUGAAGCUCUGGAGCAUGUUAAUGUAGAACUCAAAGAAGCAGUUGGAGGUGAUGGGACUGUUGUGCCAAAAACUGAACUUUUCAGAGUACAAGAAGAAAGAUGUCGUCUAGAGAAUGAUAUCAUCCAGAUACAGCAUAAUUUUGAGGAACUGAAAGAACAACAUGAAGAGUACUUGAAUCAAUAUGGGCCCGAGGGAGAGGAUACCUUGAAAUGGCAGCAAAAAGUGAAAACCUUAGAAAGGGAAAAAGAAAAUCUAGAGAAACAAGUGGCUCUUAUCAAUGGACAACUGUUGUUGGUUGAAGGUAGCAAGAAGAGACUGGAUGAAGUUGUUGAAGAUCUGCAGCAUGAAAUUGUCCAUCUUAGGAAGGAACUGGAAGAAGCUGAAAAACAAGAAGCCAGCAGAAUAUUCCAAGGUAGAGUGAGUGGAGACUUCACUGAUCUACAAUCCCAAUUAGAGGAUGUCCGAAAUGAACUCAGCCAAAGUAAGAAGGACAAGAUCAAAUUUGAACACCUUGUUCGGUCCCUCAAAGAAGAACUGGAUGAAGAGAGAACCAAACCACCAGCACAAAUCAGAGAAUCCCUGGAUGAUGUUGGCUCAGAGCUGACAUCCAUGAGAGGAGAACUUCACAAAUUGGUGGGAGAAAUAGAAAGGAAAGAACAAACAAUUGUAACACUUGAAAACCAACUUCGUCAAUCCAAGGAAAAGAUAGAAGACAAAAAUAAAGUAGUGAAAGAACUGAAAUCAGUAUUGGAUAAAGGUUCUGAGGCAGUGCAUAGUCUUGAAGACAAAUUAUCCAUACAGAAAACCCAUGAAACAAGACUGUCUGAUCCAGUUACAAGAUCCAAAAGUUUCACAGAGAGAGGAGCUGGAGACAGGCUACAGUCCCUUAUUGCUAGAUACAAAGACUACAGUGAAAGUGGAACCCAUACUUCUGAGCGUAAAAUAAAGCCUCUAUCUCUCUCAGGAAACAAGAGGGGAGGACUUGUAACACGUGACAAAAAAUGAAAAAAUUCUAGAUAACACCAAUGUAGAAAAAACAUAUUGAUACAA